UUCCUUGCAAUGAGUCAUUUCUGCUGGUAAAUGACAUCAUGACCAUUGGGUUCCAAAAAUGGUGUAGUGCGAUUCCUUGACACCAUGGGACACUCUUUUUCUGUGUUCUUCAUCAAGAGGGAGGCUAAGAGAAAGCUAUUUAAUCUCGUGUACACCAAUCCUGUGUUAGCUGUUUGUCAGAUGGGUUUCGAGGCCAAGGCUGAGGGGCGGGCGGCGCGAAGGCCCCGACGUCUCUGGAGGUGAACUACCGGGAGUGGCUGCGGUCCAUGCGCGACCUCAUCGACUCGGAGCUGGUCGGCGAGGAGAGGGCGGCGGAGUUUCUGAAGACCCUGCCGCGCCUGGAGGAGGACUACAAGCGGCUGUGCGCAAGAGCGUGUACUAGAAGGUUGUGCCCGGCGACCACAGGUGGCGGAUCAUCUGGCCCGACGAGUCGAAGCUAAGGAUUUUUUUGCUGGGAGACUGCCGUCUUCGCCUUGUUUGGGGCCUCGGUCUUCUACCGGGAAUCCGGGGUCACCUGAUCCGGUUGCUCAAUGGUCGGACUGCUGCCCAGAUGAGCUGCGAAAGUUAGCCAGCAUCCGGUGCUGUCUAAUAAUUUAGUGUUCUGGUUGAGAUUUGGACUUCACGUGAGAUGAUUACUUUGUAGUUACUCCAGUAGGGAAGGCAGUGGCUCAUGUUUCCUGUAUACGAUUAGAUCAAGCAGAAAACUGACCAGAAUGUCAAUUAUGCCAAUAUCUGUCUCCCAUUUUAUCACUCAAUUGAGCACAGUUAACUGGGGAUCAAGCUGGGGAUGGUAUUAUCUCACGCUAUGCCAUCAUUGAAGAGGAUCCAGCUGAGAUGUUUUACUGAAUUGAUUGAUCGGAGAAUCAGAUAUAUAUGCCUAGUCAUGACUAAUGAGGAGCUAACUGGCAUGCUUUUGUCUGCACCUGCUUUCUAGGUAUGGCAUCGAACAGGGCAAAUCAGUUCUGGCAGAGGAACAACACUUGCCAUACUAAGCAAACAUUUUCUUACCGUGCUCUCCACGGAUUAGCUUGAGAAGCAAUCAGAUUGAGGCCACGACUGGUAGAUUUUACGUUGUGCUCAUUGGGGUGAUGGUUGGGCAGAUCCAGUUGGUGCUGUGAGGGUCAGGUCGUGGGCAAAAGGCAGGUAGACAUAUAUAAGAGGUUAGUGACCAAGUUGUUCGCAACUUUCAGUUUUUUUACGGUAUCACAUUCCCACUCCUGAGCCUUUUAUAGAGACAUGCUUCCUUUGAGCACUUAAUUGACCAGGGUCUCAUUGAACAGUACGUUUCUAAAUAUAUAUUGUAUGGUACUGCUCAUAUCAGCCCUUUGGCAAUGCUGUCAGUAUGAAUUGUUAAUUUCGGGUCAGUGUUUUGCCGGUGGUACUUUUUACGAAUGUUGUAAUUAGAACUAUUAGUCUGUUAUAAGUGUAUCAUUGAAGUUCUUCAGAUAACAAAACUUGUUUGUACAAAUUUUUGUAAGGUACAAACAACCAAAUUUCCCCCUUACACAUACUAGCUGACAUCUCCAUUAAGGGAAACAGUUUUCUACCAUGCGAUGGACACAUCGCCAUUCAAUAGAUCCACCAACCUGUGGAAAUGUUAAGAAUUCUGAUGCAGUUAUUAUCACUAUCCAGUCUCACUGUAGCCUCUAGAACGAUGCCUUCAUUUUAGAGUUACUAAGUGAUUUGACACACCCUUACUGGCUUACUUAGCUUAUAAUUUACCAAUUUUGAGAAAUACAUAAAAAGUUGCGGAUGUUAUUGAAGUAUGAAGCUACUAUUAGAACAUCAAUAGUUGAGAUAUAAUUUGCUAAAGGCCAACUACUGUUGUUUUCAAGGGGCUUCUCAAUCUGGGUACUUGUAAUAUCUGGGUGCAGAGAAGUAAUCAUGUCCUUACAAAAAUACAUGCCAAAAACACUGGAAACCACUUCUUGUGAUUGAUAUGACCCUUCUUAUGUAUUCGCUGCCCAAGACAUUGAUAACUCUGAACUUCUGACUUCAGAAUAACAAACUGGGAACAUCUCGUGUUGCAAAGCUGGGAAUUUCUGUUAUUUUAGCUUAGGUAUUUUGAGUCUUUGCAUUGAAUGUUUUGUGGUCUUCUACAUGUGAGUAAGUGAAGAUGAUAUAGGCUACAUAUUUCCACUAUUGCCUCCUAUAGUACUACACUUCCUUUUCCUGCAAGUGCCUUUUGUCAGUAUUUCAUACUGAUGCUUGUGUGUUUGUAUUCAAUGAGUGCUACCGAGAGAGCCCUAUGUGGGUGUCAUGAAUGAUGCUGGCAUCUUCUGCCAUAUUGAUGCCAGUCUAUGUUUUCUCCAAAACCUCUGAGCUCUUCUACCAUUGAAGAUCACUUUCUAAUAUGUUUGUACUUACAAUAUAUUUCUUUGAAUUUGAAGACCAUGAAGAAGAUAUAGGAGUAAGGUUUGCGACUAAUCCAAGAAGUAGUUUUGCUUUUCAGUUAACCAUUUAUUUGCUGUAUGGAUUCCUUGUAGAAUCAGGUAAACACUAAUCUAUGCAUCAUUCUACCAAAAGAUGCUUUGAUCAACUUGAUUCCUAUAUUUCUGCUAGAAAACAGUUCACGAAGAGCUGUCAUAUCUUUUACAGAACAGAUUUGCUGCUUUCCAUUGCACAAGUCAGAUGGCUAUCAAAAAAAAAAAAACUUGCAGAUGAGUGGCCAGCAAGGAGUUUAUAUAGAAAUAAAAUUAGUAUACCAUAAUAUUUUGAUAAUUAGGUGCUAACGCCCUUGUUGAAUAUCCUAGUUUCAAUGUGUCCGACAGUGUGUAAACAUACUGACCAGCAACAAUCCCAUUGUUUUAGGUGCUGUUGUACAUAACUUCAGGUCUGAGGUUUCUAAACUUUUACUUUGUUACUGUCGACAUCAAUAUCUUAUUGUGCACUUUCUCAAAAUAAGGUAAGGUCAUAUUUUAAGGUUGAGGUCCACUGUACAUGUCAAUUGUGUAUUUUAAUUUGUUGCUAGUAAGUCGGUGAGUUCAAUCUUCUAUUUGAAAUUUGUUCUGGUCUGCUGGGUGUUGCCAGGGAAUGGACGAGGUAUUCAUGUGAAGAUAUGCCCUUAUCGUAGAUUUAUUUGCUUGAACGAAAGAAAGAAUAUUACUCAGGUAAAGUUAGCUCUUGUACCUUUGGUUGUAACCGAUAGAAAUAGUCCAUCUUUUGAAUUUACAGUAUAAUUUUGUUUUCUGGCUGAUCUGGGGAGCAGUAGAUGCAUGCAAGCGCUAGAAGGUGCCCAGUGCUUUAACAUUCUUUAUGCCAUGUUUGAAAGUUUAUUUUAGAGUCCUUAAAUCUAUCACCGCUGGUGAGUACUUCAUCUAUCUGAAAUUUUAUUUUGCACAAAAGUGCCAUUUAUAGAGAUGCUUAGUGGGGUAAGGGGCUAUGUAUGGAACAACAACCCACUAGGAUCCGAACCAAACAUAGAUUUGACUCUGUGUGUCUCAUUAAGACAAUUGUUUUUGAGAGAUGAUGCGCUCGUUGAUAGCUGUGCUGAUUUUUGUUAAUCUUAAAUCUCCAUGACUCAGUAGUCAUUGCGUGGGUGCAUGCAUAUGAUGGUGUACUUAUAUGCAUAUCUACCGUCCUUGGUGUUUCUCUAAACAAAAAGGAGCAAGUUGGAGCUAUCUAAUCAGCAGUGACAGUGGCAUCCCAACACCGACUGGACAGCUGAAAUAUAAACUCCAACACACUCCGAAACCAACCCUCCUACAAUUCCAAAGACUUGCAGUAUUUAGUCAUCUGCUUCCGCGAUUGAACAUUCCUGGAUGCUGCAUUGGUGAAAGCAUUUUUAGCUUGAAGAACAAGAAGCUAUCGAUGGGUUCGCUGGCUCUUGCCUGCUGCACCACGGCCCUCAUCAUUCUAUUCCUUCCCUUGGGCACUUCUGACGACCGGCUUGUCCCUGGCAAGCUGCUGUUCCCUGGCAGCACCAUCGUCUCUGAUGGUGGAGCCUUCGUCCUGGGCUUCUUCAACCUUUCCAACUCCACUCCCACCAAGCUGUACCUUGGCAUAUGGUACAACAACAUUCCCGAGCUUACUGUCGUGUGGGUCGCUAACAGAGAAAACCCGGCAAUCAACACCACUUCCUCUACACCGAUGCUCUCUCUCGCGAACAACUCCAAUCUUGUUCUUUCUCAAGGUGAUGGCCAUGUCCUUUGGACAACCACCAACGUCGCCACUGUCCUUGGCUUGUCUACCCCAACAGCUGUGCUUUUGGACACCGGCAACCUCAUUAUACGGUCGUCAAAUGGCACCACAUUGUGGGAGAGUUUCGAGCACCGCGCGGACACAUUUCUUCCUGGUAUGAAGCUCCGGAUGAAGUACAACACACGCAACAUUGAUGAGCGCAUUGUAUCCUGGAAAGGCCCUAGCGACCCCUCACGGGGGCGCUUCUCCUAUGGCAGUGACCCGGACAUGCCCUUCCAAUCGUUUCUGUGGGACGGGGAGCGCUCAGUGGCCCGGAUGACCCCAUGGACGGGGAACUUAGUGACGAGCCAACGUCAAAACAAGCCAACGCCGGGCACAAACAUUAGCGAUAUUAUCAUGUACCAGGCCAUCGUCAACAACGGUGAUGAGGUCUACUUCACCUAUAGCUUCUCUGAUGGCGCCCCACCCUCAAGGUUUGUGCUCAUCUACUCCGGAGAGUAUCAACUUCAGAGCUGGAACAACAGCGCAUCAGCUUGGGCUGUCCUCUGGAAGUGGCCGUCUGCUGAAUGCAACUACUACAGCUAUUGUGGCCUGUAUGGGUACUGCGACGAGACGGUGUCACCAGUCCCAACGUGCAAGUGCCUAGACGGCUUCGAGCCUGCCAAUAUGGAGGAGUGGACCAGUGGCAAGUUCUCGGGAGGAUGCCGACGGAAGGAGCAGAUACAUGGGUGCGGAGGUAACUUCUUGGCCUUGCCGAUGAUGAAGUCACCGGACAAGUUCAGCCUCGUUGGAGGGGGACAGAGUACAAUGGAGGAGUGCGCGGGGGAGUGCCACCGCAACUGCUCCUGUGUGGGGUACGUGUAUCGCAACGUGAGUGGUGCCAUGUCCAGAGGAGAUUCGACGGCAUGCUUAGUGUGGGUUGAGGAGUUGGUUGACACUAGCAAGUUAAGAGUAGAUCAAGGCGGCGAGACAUUCUAUCUCCGACUUGCAGGCAUGGAUGCAGCAGGUAAAAGGACAAAGAGCAAUGCAGUCUGGAUUGUACUACCCGUUUUGGGCAGUGGUGUUUUGGUGCUCAUUUGCAUCUUGCUCGCAUGGUUAAAAUUAAAAGGCAAGAAAAAAAUACACAGAAAUCCCAAGAAGAAAAGAUUGGAUGGUACAAGUAUAUCUAAUGAAGCUGUAGAUGAAAACUCUCCACACGUUCAAGAUUUUCCAUUUGUAGGACUAGAAGAAAUUGCACUUGCAACCGACAGUUUCUCUGAAACAUGUAUGAUAGGACAUGGAGGCUUUGGAAAAGUAUACAAGGGAAUAUUAGCUGGCCAGGAAGUUGCAAUCAAGAGGCUAAGUAGAGAUUCUCAACAAGGAACAAAAGAAUUCAGAAACGAAGUAAUUCUAAUUGCCAAAUUGCAACAUAGAAACUUGGUUCGACUUCUUGGAUGCUGCGAUGAGAGAGACGAAAAGCUUCUGAUAUAUGAGUAUCUUCCUAACAAGAGCUUAGAUGUUACCCUUUUUGAUGACUCAAGAAAUUUUUUGUUGGAUUGGGACACACGGUUUAGUAUGAUCAAAGGGGUUGCAAGGGGACUUCUUUAUCUUCACGAAGACUCAAGGUUCACCAUAAUUCAUAGGGAUCUCAAAGCUGCGAAUGUUUUGCUAGAUGCAGAUAUGAAACCCAAGAUAGCGGAUUUCGGUAUGGCAAGGAUCUUUAAUGAUAACCAGCAAGAUGCAAAUACCCAGCGAGUUGUUGGAACAUAUGGAUACAUGGCUCCUGAGUAUGCAAUGGAAGGUGUCUUCUCUACCAAGUCUGAUGUCUAUAGCUUUGGGGUGUUACUACUGGAGGUUGUAACUGGCAUAAGGAGAAACUCAAAUAUUCGAACAAUGGGCUACCCUAGCCUCACAGUUUACGCAUGGAAUAUGUGGAACGAAGAGAAGACACAGGAACUACCAGAGUCAUGUAUCAUGGAUACAUGUUUACCAGGCGAAGUUUUGCUAUGCGUACAUGUAGCACUCUUGUGUGUCCAGGAGAACCCUGAUGAUAGGCCACCCAUGUCAUCAGUUGUGUUCGUCCUAGAGAAUGGAAGCACCACACUUCCAGCCCCCAAGCGCCCUGCCUACUUUGCACGACAAAGUGCUGAAAUGGAGCAAAUCAGAAAUGAUAUUCAAACACCGGCAAACAGUUUUACACUCACUGAGAUAGAGGGGCGAUGAAAUUAUACUUCUUUAGCUUUUGAUGUAUCAAAAUGUUCUUAAAAAGAACUAUUCGAUGUACAAUCAGUAUCGAAAGGUUGUCUGGCUCAACAAAAUGCUGGUGAAUCCUGUGUUUUUAGAAGUUGUUUAUCUUUGAAUAUGUUCUCUAUUCCA